AUGGUUGUAGUCAACCCACCUCUACCGCCGCUGUCGCCAGACGUGCUGUCGCUGUUCUAUACCACCGACGAAUUACUUUCCGAGUCGCCUCUUCUGCUUUUCUAUGGCAACUCUGCAACCACCAUAUCGAGCGCAAGCAGCUCGCGCAUCCAAGUUCAUGUCUAUUCGCCGGCCGGAUUCCAGUCGUUCCCGCGCCUCACCGUCUCGCCGAGCUCUCCAUUGUACGCCGCCGUCCACUGCCUCGCGCGCGAGGAGCAAGGCGACGACAUCUGCCGGGGCCUAGCCUUCAGUCUUUACAAGUACUUCUCCGAACUUCCAGUGAACGUGAAAGAGUUAUGGGGAAAGCAGUCAAGUACUUUGGGCGGGUUGCCUUCGGCGCCGAAGCUGUUCACCGAGGCGCAUGCUGCCAUUCUGGCAAGUCGCAUGGUUAAGGUGGAAAAUGUCGUAGAAGUCAUCAAGGACGUACGUCGCGCUCUUUGCGAACAAUCGAUGUCAUGGCUUGAUCUUGAUGUUGUGCUUCCACCGGGAUCGAUGAAAGAGCUGGACAGCAACCGACCGCGGGAGUCUACAAUGUUCGAAGAGGAGGAAGAUGUUGCUGUCCAGCGCUAUGGCGAGUAUGCGCCGGUGGUCAAACUCUUCGGUGAAGCGGCGUUCAUUCCCACCUCGAAGGUGCGACGGGCUCCCUCUCGCCCGACGGCCAUCAAUCGCAGUAUAGUGUUCUCAAGAAAGCAGAAGGAGGCCCUUAGGCGCGAGAUGUGCGAGCUCUUGGACACCGAAGAGAGCUACGUUGGCAAGAUCUAUGACCUCCUGCACAGCGUAGCGGAAGAUUUUCGACAAAAAGCCAAGGACAAGGCGAUGUCCAGUAGCAGUCCAAGCGAGCAAGCGCUCAGAGGCCUCUUCCCGCCCAGUCUGGAUCAGAUUCUUGAGGUCAACACCAAGUUUCUAGAUGCGCUUCGCGCUGUCCUGGAGGAGACAGAGAACGACGCGAUCCAAGACAUCGAGGCUACCACGGAUGGCUACCCUUCGGUUCCAAAGCCUGCUGACGCCAGCCGAACCGACCUGACUGGUACUCUUACGCUAGCUAGGUGCCUAGUUGCUUGGUUUCCCAAGUUCACAGAAUGCUACUCGGAUUACAUCCAAGCACAUUCGCAGUUCGCACAGUUCCUAAGGAUAUUCAUGAAAGAGACCGGAUCGAGCUUCUCGAAACGCGUGCAAGAAACCGGAGAGCAGAGGCUCACAUCUAUGCUAAUAGAGCCGAUUCAACGAUUACCGCGCUACAACCUGUACAUCGACAACAUCGUCAAGCAGCUUCCCGCCAGGCAUCCUGCAUUGAAACCCUUACUAAAGGCGCGCGACAUCAUUACAGAGAUAUGCUCGCAAGACUCAGUCGCCACACAACAAAGCAAAUCGCUUGAUCGGCUCCGACGACUGAUCCCAACAUGGCCGCAGCACUUCCGUCCUCAAGGACGUCUUAUCACCGCUAUUGAUGUGGCAGAACUUGUCCCUCCAUAUCAUCCGGAUCCUCAGGCUGCCGCUUCCAGGGCUUGUAUUUUCUUGCUGUUCGCGGACUGUUUGGUACUGCUCCGUAGAGGGUCACCGGGUGCAAUUUCGGCACGUGCUUUACUCGUGGAGCUUGACAAACCAGCUUCCGCGACUGCGGAGACUUUGAGCGCCAAUCGAGACGGCGACGAGCUGAUCUUCUACCAGCAGAUGAGUCUUAGCGAUGUCUUCAUUACGGAGAUGGACGGGGGCAGAAUGAUUCAGAUGAUCUCUCCGAAGCCUCCACCGGCUCCGCAGCGCAAGAAUCCCUGCGUACGCGUCUUCUACCUUUCGGGCACCUACGAAGGAAGAGCAGCCCGCUUUGUGGAAGAUCUCGUGAAAGCCAGAGUGGAAGGCCGCUUCCCAGAGGCUGAACGCGAAAGCCACAGAUGGGAAGUUCGCAGCACCAUGGGAGAUCUGUCACUGUUCUCUGCCGUAUUUGAUGAUGCUGGUGGGCAGAUACAAGAAGGCCGACGGGCUCCCGCUCUUGUCCGAAUGGUCGUCGAUCCUACGAAGGGUAUGAACGUGGCCAAAGUUGGACAGGAAGGUGUAGAGGUCGUAGCUUCCCUUACAAGCACUGGCGAGGGCUUCUUCCGCCUGGAGCUUGAGGCGCUGAACGAACACAGCACUCGCGAUCAUCUGACUGCGACCGAGUUCCUUCCUGUUCUGACCAAGAGAUUGAGCAAUUACUUUCAGAUGCGAAACCAAAUACGUAAUCCGGCUCUGACCGCGACGCUACUGUUGCGCAAUCAACAGACACUCAAAUCACUAAAGAUCUCUGCCGAAGACACCGAAGAUGACUCUCAGCUUGAACAAAGCUACCGGCCUGCGUCGCCUGUCAAGCUACUCUCGAACCUAUUCAGCAGCGGUUCCGUUAAGGAAAAUGCUGCUCCAAAAAAGCUGUACCGCCCGUCCCCAGUUCUCGGUGAUAUCCCCCGGAUGAUGCCACCCCCAGUACCCCGAUCGAACUCUGCCCGGUCUGAAGAACUCUCCCGUGAGGGUUCAGUCAACAAAUCGAUGUCUAGCCUCAACUUACCGGCCCUCGCUAGCGAGUCCUUUGGCAAACUAGAUGAGACGCUGGCGGCCUACGUCCUCGCAUUACAUGCACGAAAGGGUAAUGUUGUUGGCAAGUCGUUGAUGGGCAGAGCUAGCGCCGACGAGCUGUCGGUGAAUGAGCUCUACAACUCCCUCCUGGAGAAUCCGAUCAAUCAUGAGGUGGCGGCUCACGCUCCGGUCGACGUGCUCUUUGCCUCUUUCGAAAAGUUUCUCAAGGUUGCGUGGAAAGAGAAGAUGGGCGCUGUCAUCUCCCACAACACACUCGCCGUUAUCCAGUCCAAGUCUGACAGCUUCUACCCGGGCGAGUUCGAGGAGUACUUCCGUCUGACGAUCGGUGAAUCGCUGCCACAAAACCAGCGGGCGCUGCAAGCCAUCAUCAAACUGCUAGCGGACCUCCUCGCCGGUACAGGAAAUGACAGUGACCGCGGUAUCCUGACAGCUGCGUUCGCUGAGGUUCUCGUACCGGAGGGCAACGCUCACGAUUACAUCUCGCUACUCGAUCGGUUGGUCGAAGAUGUCGAUGCGCUCUUCGCUCGACCUGCAAGCAGUGGAUCUGCUACUCCCAGCCAGGGAUCGCUAAUAUCCAAGUCGCAUCAUCGGUUCGCUGCUGAUAAUGGAUCUAUCGGCUCGAACACUUCAUCGCUGAGGAAGAAGUUCGGCUUCGGGACAUUGCACAGGGAGAACAGCAAGUCCGAGCAUGAGUCUAAAGUGGGCUCCGUGUGGCGCACUCUCAGCAAAACAGGCCGUAACGCGGAUGGCCAGCCUGCAAGCAUGUCGAAAGCAACGCUUGGCUCGAUUGGCAGAUCGAGGUCCAUUGACGUCGAUGUCCAUCUCUCCCCUAAACGUCCAGUCUCACGGGACCGGCCUACUGUUCUUGGUGCCUUCGCGUCCGAGGAGAAUCUACUGUCCGGUGGAAGACCUUUUGUUCAAGGUCUCGGCACGAUUGGAGAAGUUCCGCCUACUCCGGGCCAGCCACCGCGCAAGAAGCGUCGCAGCUCGCUGUCCGACCUCAAGACGCUGCAGUCAUCCCCAUCGACGUGGUCGCCGCAAACGCCUCGAACGGCGCGACACGACUCUCUGCAGCGGUCGACACGCCAGACAAGUGCCACCCUACGCAAACCCUCGCACUCGAAGCACUCCAGUAUCCCUGGGCCGCGUGCGCUGGAAGUGACGCCCUCCCCAGCGCGCUUUGGCUCUCCAAGCAGACGCGAAGGUUCCCCGAGCAAGGAGAACGCACCGACUAGCUCGCUACCCAGACCUCAGAGUACGGUUAAAGCUACCCCAACUGUUCAGUCCACCGACGUGACUAUCACUAGCUACAGCCCAGUGAAGCGCCGGACGGACUCCAUGACCAACAUCCCGACACUGAAGAGCGCAGGGCUGUCAGAACGCCCUACUUCAGGCAACAGCACCAAGCAGCCGCCUUUCAAUGGCACGGAGAAACCUUCCCUGGCAUCACCCCUAUCCGCCUCACCAGCAAAGAAGCUGCGCAUGCAGAGCCCGCAGAAGCUUCGCGAGCGCCUGCAGAAGGAACAGCAGGCCCUGCAGACCACCUCGACCACCUUGCAAGCCGAGCUCUCGAAAAUCGGCCAGGAGAUCGGAGAGCUUAGCACCAAAUCCUCUUCCCCCUCAAAGCCACCAACAACAACCCCUCCGGCCUCUAACGACAUCCCAUUUCUCGCCACCCGCCUCGCCUCCCUCGAAACCACCCUCCCAGCCCUCCUCACCCCCCUAACGACCCGCUUAUCGACCCUAGAAUCCGACAUCAGCACCUCCCUGCUCGUCUCCGAGUCGCGCGCCAAGAAGCUCGACGCGCUAUACCGCGACGCGGGGCUCGAGAACGAGGCGCUGUACUCGCGCUUCAACGACGAACUAGCGCGGGUGCUAAGGGCUGUCAAGAGCGGCGACGGGGUCGAGGAGAUGAGACGGCGGCUUAAGGAGGCGGAGGAGGAGGGGGAGCGGCUUAGGAAGGAGAACUGGAGACUCAGGAGGGAGGUUGGGGGGCUGAGGGCGCAGUUGAGGGAGUGA